CCUUCACCUUGCCCGUAGGAUUGUAACUACCGUCUAGCUGCCUUGUGGACGCCGCUUUUACGCGGCAAGGGCCUUACCAUCGCUUUCCCACACGGCCAUCUUAAACGCUCGUCGGUCCUAACACCAGCCCAAUAUGCGGUCAGCUGCGGUCAAACUUGCGGGAGCCGGCGCGCUUGCCGCUGUUCUGGCCGCGGCCGUGAGCCGGCGUCGGGUCGUAGGUCGUCUGGUUCGCCAUCUGGUGGUCAAGGCAGCCGGCGCUCCCAACUACACCCCCUUGCCUCCUCCAAAAAAGGUCAAAGUGGCACUGUGUCAGCUGCAUGUCACCGCGGACAAGGAACAGAACUGGCAGACGGCGCGGAGGGCCAUCCAGGACGCCGCCUCCCGCGGCGCCCAGCUUGUCGUACUGCCCGAGAUGUGGAACUGCCCCUACUCCAACGACUCCUUCCCGGUCUACGCGGAGGAGCUGCAGGCCCCCGGCGGCGCCCUGAGUCCCAGCCUGACGGUGCUCAGUGAGGCGGCGGCGGCGGCGCGUGUGACGCUGGUGGGCGGCUCCAUCCCCGAGCGGUGCGGCGGGCGGCUGUACAACACGUGCUGCGUGUUCAACAGCCGGGGGGAGCUGCUGGCGAAACACAGGAAGGUCCACCUCUUCGACAUUGACAUCCCGGGCAAGAUCACCUUCAAGGAGUCGCUCACGCUCUCGCCCGGCCCCGGCCCCACGGUGGUGGACACGGAGGCGGGGCGGCUGGGUCUGGGCAUCUGCUACGACAUCCGCUUCCCGGAGCUGGCGCAGCUGUAUGCGGAGCGGGGCUGCCAGGUGCUGGUCUACCCAGGUGCCUUCAACAUGACCACGGGCCCGGUGCACUGGGAGCUGCUGGCCCGGGCCCGCGCGGUGGACAACCAGCUGUUCGUGCUCACCUGCUCGCCCGCCAGGAACCCGGACUCGUCGUACCAGGCCUGGGGUCACUCCACCGCGGUGGGCCCAUUCGCGGAGGUGCUGGCCACCACGGAGGCGGCCCCCGACAUCGUGCUGGCGGAACUGGACUACAGCCAGCUGGCCGAGCGGCGAGCCAACAUGCCGCUGCGGGGGCAGAAGCGACACGACCUGUACCGCCUGCUAGAAAAGACGGCGGCGUGAGAGGGGGU